AUGGUGGUGGGAAAGAUGAAAUUCCCCUUUGAAAAAAGGGUGAAGCUGGCCCAGGGGCUUUGGCUGCUCUCCUGGCUGGCCACUUUGGGUGGAGCCUUCACCUUCACCCUUGGGUGCUUCCUCAAGACAGAACUGCGCAGGCGGGCCGAGGUGAUGGACAACACGGAGAUCCACAUCGUACCCAACACACUCAUGCUGGUGGGUCUAGCCUCGCUGGGCAUCAACUACUUCGCCGGACGCAUCUGUCAAGACACCCUUGAUGUCGCGCGUUUUCCCCGUUGGCAGAGCUUCCUAAAACCUUACUUCACCAUCUCCAUCUUCUUCACCUCCCUCAUGCUGAUCUCAGUGAUCCUGAGCUACGCCAUGAAGGGAAACCUGGAGGCCUCGCUGAAGAUCGGCUUGAAGAACGGCAUCCGCUUCUACAAGGACACGGACACCCCGGGACGCUGCUUCCAGAAGCAGACCAUUGACCGCCUCCAGAUGGAAUUCCAGUGCUGUGGAAACACCGACUACAAGGACUGGUUCGAGGUGCAAUGGAUUAGCAACCGCUACCUGGACUUCAGUUCCAAGGAGGUCAAAGACCGAAUUAAGAGUAACGUGGAUGGGCGUUACCUGGUGGAUGGUGUACCCUUCAGCUGCUGUAACCCCAGCUCACCAAGACCCUGCAUCCAGUACCAAAUCACCAACAACACUGCCCACUACAACUAUGAGCACCAGACGGAGGAGCUCAACAUCUUCAUCCGUGGGUGCAGGGAGGCCCUGGUCAACUACUACAUGGGCCUGAUGAACACCAUUGGGGCAGGAGUCCUGUCUGUCUUCUUGGUCCAGGCGUCCGUGCUUGCGAGCCUGCGGUACCUGCAGACAUCCACAGAGGCUGUGCUGGGACAGGAGAACACCGAGAUCGAGACAGAAGGUUACCUCCUGGAGAAAGGAGUGAAGGAGACCAUCAUGGAGACGCUGGACCCCAUCAUCAAAAUUUUCCAGCUGAAUCAAGUGGCCUCAGGGGGCGGGGAGGCCGGUGCCGCAGAGGCAGGAGCAGCUGCCAGUUAA